AAUAGCAGCGAAUGCGAUAGCAUACACAAUAUUGAACGAAGCGCCAAAAAAGAAGAAAAACCUUUUCACCGCAAUUGUGUGUUGAGAGAGAUACGUUUUUUUGUUGAGAAGACUGAAAGUCGUGUUUGUUCGUUCGUUCGUUUUUUUUCCUUCUCCCGAUUGUUUGGCUGUUUCAAUCAAAUUUCGGUAUUCGUGUUUUUUGAAUUGAGAGGAAAAAAACGAGAUUUUCAGUAUCAAUUGCGUGAGAGGCAUUGAGUGUAUGUGCGAGUGUAUGAGAGUGUGAAGAGAGAAAGUGUCAGCACAUUUUUGCGGGGGGUGAACAUUAGCAGCUGCUGAAAAAUAAUAAUUAAUAGUUGUGUACCACAGCGUGAUAUAGUAUUUAAUGAAUUAAUAACAUGGUCCAUCAUUCGAUCGAAUUUCUUAUUCAUAUGUAAACGUUGAUUUCGACUCACUUUUUCCUCGGGAAUCAAACACAUCACGCAUUUGAAAAUACAUUUAUAUUCCAGAAAAUAAAAAAGGUGAAUUUCCAGCCAAAAACUCGAUUCGAUAAAUGAUGGGCACUGUGCCAAAUCGAAUGGCAUAUGUGAACAGAUUGUAAAUUUUAAGUGGGUUUUUUAGGCUUUAUUUUAACACAAAGAAGAGACGAAAAUCCAGUAUAAACGCAAGUAAAUAAUCUAAGGAUGGAACGAGAGCGGAAAAAUACUGUUACCGAAAUCAGUUAUAUUCUUCAACAAGAGGAAGGGACGACUGAGAAAACGGACAGUUUAUCAUCGUUGCCGCAAGCAUUAUUCAACUACAUAAAUUCGAUAGUUGGAUCGGGAAUAAUUGGCAUUCCAUACGCGUUACAUCGCGCUGGCUUCGGAUUGGGUCUUCUAUUAUUGAUGGUGGUUGCCGUAAUCACUGACUACUCGCUGAUAUUAAUGGUGCGAUGUGGGCACAUAAGUGGGCGCUUCAGUUAUCCCGGCAUUAUGGAAGCAGCGUAUGGAAAGUGGGGAUACUAUUUGUUGUCCGUAUUACAAUUUAUGUAUCCAAUGUUAGCAAUGAUAUCGUACAAUGUGGUGGUCGGUGAUACAUUGUCAAAAGUGUUGAUCCGCUUUCUACCGGCGUGGGAUAUUGGAUCAAUGGGCACCGUACGAUUUUUAGUUGUUUUUGUCGUAACCGUUUGUGUUGUCAUACCACUUUGUCUGUAUAAGAAUGUAUCUCGUUUGGCAAGAGCAUCGUUUUUAUCGUUGGCCUGUGUUGUUUUCAUUCUAUUUGCUGUUAUUCUAAAAUUUAUCUCUGGAGACUAUGACGUUGUCCCAAGCGUGGAUAGUUCUUGGAGAUUUGCAAACAUAGAUGUGAUUCCAGCAAUUGGUCUUAUGGCUUUUGCAUUCAUGUGCCAUCACAAUACAUUUCUGGUGUAUCAGUCUAUACGGGGAGCCACCCUAGAACGAUGGGAAAAAGUGACACAUAUCUCGAUUGCGUUUGCAUGGGCUGUAGCUGCAUUGUUUGGCAUCACUGGUUACGCAACAUUUAAAGCUUUAUCACAAGGUGAUUUGUUGGAAAACUAUUGCUGGGAUGAUGAUUUGAUGAAUUUUGCUCGUGUACUAUUUUCGGUGUCGAUUCUGCUAACAUUCCCCAUUGAAUGCUUCGUUUCGCGUGAGAUUGUAAAAAAUCAGAUCCAUCGAUAUCAGUCGUCAACUCCAGUCGAUUCGUAUGAAAAGGAUUCCGACCCAACACACGCAUUGGGCGAAGACAAUGAUGUGCUAUCCACCCGAAUAACAUUGGCCAUUGUUUUGACAGCUUUUCUCAUCUCACCAAUGACGGAGUGCUUAGGGCCCGUGCUGGAGCUUAAUGGACUUUUGGCAGCGAUACCGUUGGCUUAUGUGCUCCCAGGCCUUGCUUACAUCCAAAUGGAAUCACAUUCGUUGUUUAGCCGCGAGAAAUUGCCGGCGGUUGGUUUGGUUGCGUUUGGUACAAUUGUCACAAUUCUUGGUUCAGCUUCGCUUCUGGUGCCAAGCCUUACGGGUGAUUGCAAAUCAAAUAUCGUGCUGGACUAUUGCAAAAAUUAUGGAUCUUAAAAAUGAUAGCGAAUGAUGUGAACAUUUGGCGUCAAUAUUUGAACAAAAUCAAUGAAAACUCACAGAACAACUAAACAUUUUUGACCAUUCUUGUACAGAAUUCUUUGACCAAUGAAACGGAACACACACAUACCCAAAACAUCGACGUAUCAAUCUAUCAGAUGUAUUUCUUCUCUGGUAAAGGCCAGAGGUAUAACUCUCAUUCAUCACUCAACUAAGAUACUGAAUCAUUUAUAGAAUCAAGACGGAGCAAAUUGACAUCACACAGUGUAGGUCAAUAGAUUACAAUUAAGUGUAAAAACUGAACAAGAACUUAUAGCUAAUAUUCAAUUUGGAUUUUAAUACAAGCUGUAUAGCCUGUCCUAAGGAUUAGUCAUGGCUAGUCCAUCGAUGAAUAUAAACCGUUGAAAAUAUACUCGAUUGUUUGACUAUGAACUAAACUGUGUCGUGAUAGCUUGCUCUUUAUGUAGGACAAAGCAAGUGAAAUUGCCGGAAAUAUGCACUACAAAUGUUGCAUACGAAUAACUGGACCACAUUUAAAUACUUAAAAAAUUAUCCAAUUUAAGCGAUAUAUCAAGAGAACCAGUUCCAAUAAGUUGCAUUUAUUUUUCGGAUUCAUAUCAAACAACUAGCAAGUAGUGACUUGUAUACCUGUGCCAAGGAUUUUUGUUGGCAAACAAAUCAAAAAGCUUUCAAACAUUUUCCUUUGGAAAACCAAAUACACAGUACAUAUUUACCGGACAUAUGUCAUCGGAGAGAAAGAGGAAGACACAGAGAGAGCGGAUAUCACAAACGAGAAACGCCAAAACCAAAAACGGAUUAUAGAACUUUUUAUUUUCGCUGCGGUUUCUCCGUCAGGACAAUGCUAUCCUAAUUUCAAAUCAAAAAACGUAUCGCUUUAUACAAAUUUUAAAUAAACUUUGAACUCAUAAAAUAUUAUCAUCACAAAUCUCGAAGGAAGGGUAUGUUACAUACUUUGCAAGAAUUAGAAUCGAAUUUGGAACCAAUUUCCGUUCCGAGCAAUUCGUGAUCCCGCUUACAUUUUUAGCCAAAAACAAACAAACAAACCAGAAAAAAACAAACAUUUAGAUAAAAGCUAUAACUAUUUAGAGUCAAACCCUUAGGGUAAAUCCUAGUUGUAUGUGUGGCAUUGGGUAAUGAAGACUAGAAAAUGUUGUUCUCCUUUGAAAUGAACCGUUUUCUUGACGUAUCAUUCGCCAACUAUAUUCGAUGAUUCCCACAAUUUUUUGUGGUGGUGGUGAUGGACAAUGGCCGAGUCGUACAAUGAAUACUAUGUCGACAAAAUGUCCUUUGAAAUAUUGGCAAAUCAUUCAACUUCAUCUGCAUCGUCAACAAAGACUGCGUCGUUUCACAACCCAUUUCGUUUUCAAUGACUGCCUCCAUGGAAACGAUUUCGAGUGUCUAGGAUACAAUUUUCUGUUGCUCAAAGUUCGAAGCUACACAAAUUCUAGUAAAUUCAAGAGAGGACAAAAAUGAUCGAUUCACCACAACAAAAAAAAGAGUACAAAAAUAACUGAACAUAUAUUUUUGUGUGAAUUAGGGCUACAAGGCUACUACAUAUAUUUAUUUACCGUGUAAUGUAAUGAAAGAAAUAUAUUUAAACAAAAAUGUUUAAAUGAAUUUAGACAAAUUUAUGAAAUGUUACAAAUGCAAAUCUCAUUGGAUGUGAUGUAUAAAUUGAAACGGAACAAUGUUUCAUUAGACUCUUUUUUUCAUUUCCAAAUUUUUGUUAUUAAGCUUAUGUAUGGAUAGUCCUUUUGCCUUUUUUGAAAAAAGAGAAGACAAUUUUUUAAAAAAUAUUUUAUAUAAUUUCAAUGUAUCGUAACAGAAAGUACCAGAUAUUCAAAUGAUCUACCCUUGGUUGCCACAAUCUUUGGGUCGAAUUAAUACAUUUCGUUUACAAAAUACCAAUGAUAUAUCCAGCGACGUAUCCAGAGAUGAAUUUCAGGGGGACUUUUCGAUUGAUCUAAUUUUCAAGGGGAAGGCGAAAUUUUCUUUUCCAGAGUUGGAAAACGCUUUGAGAGCCAAUAUCUGCUAAAGAUUUGAAGAGAUCAUUAAUGCAGGGGUUUUGUGCGUUCUCAAAACAUAUUCGGCCAGUACUUGACGGUGUGAACAAAUAGAUAUAUAUUAAGUGUUCGUAAAAAAUCUCACCAAUGAUUUGCGAAUAUCGAACUACUUUUACAAAAAAAACGGUUAAACAUAAACUUUAUGUAUAAAAUGUAAUCAAAAUUUUAUGAAUCCUUAAGGCAAAUGGAGCCACAAUAAUAUAUUUUGCGAAAGUUGUUAACGGGCCGCGCGCGAAGCGAGCGGAAAUUUUCUUGAUAACUUGUAACCUUGAAUGCAAUUUUUCUUCAAUCUAUAAUAUUUUUUCCCUUUCCAGAUUUCGGGGGGGGGGGGGGGGGUUGAACCUCCAAAUCUCCCCCUGGAUACGCCACUGGAUAUAUCAUCGUAAACCUAUUUGAAAUUCUUUCCAAAUUCGAAUAUACUAAAAUGCAUCUUAAAUACUUACACCGCUCAAUUGGCCAUCAUUUUAUUUGACCAUAAAUAUUUACAACACAUUUUAUCGUAUAAAAUUAACCCAACUUCCAGUCUAAUUUGAAAACCAAUUUUAAAGAAAAAAAAACCAUGAAUUUAUAUAGUAUUUACGAUGAGAUCGCUCCCGCCGACAGAAAUACAAAAGACCAAUCACAAAUCUUAAGCCAAAUCUAUCAAAUAACUUUUACUGUUUUUAACAGCUUUCUUCUUGGCUUACUUGGCUUAUUCUCUUUCAUGACAAUCCAUUCAGGCUCCAUUCUUCGUUUUUUCUGAAUCAAUUUAUCGAGCAUUGACAAUGAUAACAACAGUAAAUCGGAUGACUUUAGUUUUUUUUUGCUUCUUCAAACAAUCAAACAUGAAUAACAUCAGAGAAGGGUACUUAUUUUCAAUCAAUUUUAACAGUUAUUUAUCAUUUACACAUGUAUUGUAUAUCAUAGAACAAACGAUCAAAAUUGUUAAAAUUAGAUAUAACCAUAUUUUAAUAAAGGUAUCUAUGCAAAUAACAA